AUGAGUAGGGUACCCAAAGUUUUCGGCAAGACUUAUACGACUCCGCGAAGACCGUUCGAAAAGGAACGUUUAGACCAGGAGUUGAAGCUAAUUGGUGAAUAUGGUCUUCGAAAUAAACGCGAAGUGUGGAGAGUAAAGUAUGUGCUAGCCAAGAUACGCAAGUCUGCUCGCGAGCUGCUGACACUAGACGAUAAAGACCCUAGACGACUAUUCGGAGGGUCCGCUUUGUUGAGACGUCUGGUUCGAGUUGGUGUCCUUCCCGAAGAUAAAAUGAAACUGGAUUUUGUAUUGGGCUUAAAAAUAGAAGACUUCUUAGAACGAAGACUUCAAACUCAAGUUUUUAAACUUGGCUUGGCCAGAAGUAUCCAUCAUGCGAGAGUUCUCAUCCGUCAGCGACAUAUAAGAGUGAGAAAACAAAUGGUAAACUGUCCGGGUUUCUUGGUACGUUUGGACUCAGGAAAACACAUAGAGUACAGCACAACAUCUCCAUAUGGUGGUGGUCGCCCAGGUCGUGUCAAAAGGAAAAAGGAGCGUAAAGCCCAAGGUGGUGAUGACGAAAAUGGAAGUGACGAAGAGUAA